CGUUACAAAGGGAAUGUUUUUAUAACAUUGUGAACAAAGAGAUGGCUCUUUAUGAAACCAAUCAUAGAACUCGUGACAAUCAAUAAAAUUAGACGGGCUUGGUCAAUUGUUAGAAAAAAACUUCACCUUUCAGUGAGGAAAGCCAUAGAGAUUUUUGAAAUAAAAGACAAGUCAUAAGGCAAGUUUACCAAUUUAUUAUUUUUAUUUUUAUUUCUUUUUCUCUUCGUUUAUUUGUUUUUUUGUCUUUAGUAAAAACUUAAGAACAUCUGAGGUCUUAAAUAAUUUUUUGAGCUAUGGAUAUUCAACAAGAAAGUUUAAUCGAUUUUCCUGUGUUUUAAAACUCCCAAAGCAAUAGAGAAAGUGAAUUAUUUUCAUCUUUCGAUUUAUAGCAUUGUUUUGCAGGGAUGUCCAGUUUGUGUAUUCUCAGGUUUUUGUAAAAGUAUACAAGAAUACGGUUAAUAAAGCUAAUUAAGCAGCGACAAUGAUUUUAAAAUUGUUUCAAGAGUUUUGUAGACUAUCACUAUCUGGAACUUGUUAAGAAACAAAACAUUGUUUGGCAUAGGUAAAACGUUUAAAUAGUAAAAAAGUAUAUUAUAUUUCUUACGUAUUUAAAGCUAGCAAAAAAAGUAUUUUAUAACAAAGAGAGCAUCUCAUCGUACUACACCGGUGAAACAAACUUUCCAUUUUACUAAAAUUGGAUCAUAGCUGGUUUUACUGCGAAACAAAAGUUCAUUAUUUUGAUAUGAUUCAACAUUUUGACGGAGAACUUACUCUAACCGUCUCUUAUCAUAUAAUUUAAGCUUUUCUCGCAACUUAAUUGGCUAAUCUGCACGAAAUAUAUGCUGUAUUUUGUUUUUCAACCGAGAAAAGAGUGCAGUUUUUACUUAUAUAGAGUGCAAAAAGCUUAUAUUCUUCCUUUCAUUGGCUGAUUUAGCGUGCAAAAAGCUUAUAUUUUUUCCUUGAUUGGUUGAAAAUUCGUAGGAAAAGCCUAUUAUGUUCUUAAAAACGAAAACGGUCAGUGAAUCGGUGAAUUUAUUUUCACAAAUAUUCAUUUUAUGAUUCGCAAAUUUUGUUUUGUUUCAAUAGUCAUUAAAUAGUCAUUAAUCAUAGAUCACGCGCUCCCCACCGGCUAUGAGAAAAAACAGUCAACUUAAAAGAAUAAUAUUAUAGCACGACGAUGGAGUUCUGUGUUAUUUGGCUUAACAAUAAUAAUUUAUUCUUUUAAAAAUUAAUAGUUUUUAUUUCCAUUCAGCGUGACAUGAACAAAUAAAUUCAUGAAUACAAAUUAAAUAAAUUAUCUUGCAGUGAUUUUAGUGGCCCCCAUAACAAUGCUUGUUAAUAUCGCGAACAUAAUUAAGCAGUGUGCAACCGACUAUGUGAAAUUAACAUCAUAUAAGACCGAGUACAUGAUAAACAAGUUAUCGCACAUGCCCUCAAAAAGUAUCAGCUGAUAUUUUUUUUCAUUUUUUAGUUCUCGUAUAUUUCACUCGCCUAAAGGCUCAUGAAAUAUGUAACAAGAACAUAAAAACACUCAAAAAAUAUUGCCGAUACUUUUCUCGGCACUGUGCGAUAACUAGUACAUAUACCUUUUUGAACUGAACAAUGAAAUAUUAAAGCAUGUCCAUUAUGCAGAAUUGUAAAAUAACGUUAUGAAAAAUAUUCGCCCAUACAAAUUUCAAACUUAGUUCGUGAGAAGAGUACUAGGUACAAAGUACAAUAACUGCGUUGUCAUUAUCUCGUGACAAAUGUUACGUAAGAAAGCAAAUCAACACUUAUAUAUGUUUACAUUCCAGACAACUUCUUUUAUUUGUAUUGAAUUUUGUUCUAUUUUGUUUAUGCUUAGUCUGUUUGGUCUAAGUUGACGUUGAAAAUAAAACAAAAGUACAAACUUAUUGUCAUUGUUGUUGUCAUGACGGGUUAUAGAAACUGUAAUUAUAGGAUAUUGGAAAAUGAAAUGGCAAGUUUCAAUAAAAUAGCGAAAGUUCGGUCAAGUAUAGAUUUUGAUAAGAGAAAUCGAUACAGAAAGUACAAAAACUGACUCAUGCCAUCUUAUGAUAAGCUGUGUGCAAUUAAACAAAUAAACACUUGAAUAGAUAUAAAUUUCAAACAAAAAGUCGCCCUAUUUAUUGCUUAGCAAAAACAGAGUACCAAAAAUCCUUUUUAACCCUCUCAGAGUGGUAUGUAUUGACUAUUACUCAAAAAUACCCCUUAUAUUUAAAAGAAAUUCUUAUCUUAAAAACAUUAAACUCUUAACACAACUAUAUUUCGUCAAGGGGAUUAAUUUUGUUUUGUAUUUAUUAACCCGACUUCCCGAUUUUUUCGGAUUUUCUUCGAAAAUUAAAAAAGAAAAAAUAUUUUAAAUAACGAGUUUGCCUAUCAUUAAAAAUUAAAGGAAUUAAAUUUAAAGCAGGUACCAGUGCAUCCAUUUUGUAUCAAGUUUAGUCGCACUUGGAAAAGAAUAUUAAAAGUUAUGGAGGGGAGCAGAGUUAAAAACUGGUACUGUAUUUUCACAUACGUUCCAAAAAAAAUUAGUUGAUGACAAAAACGUUGUGUAAGAUAGUGUGAAAAAUUAAAAAAUGAUGACUCAUUGUCAUCUUAUGACAAUGGUUAUGACAAGAUGUGUAACUAAAUAAAUAAACACUUGAACAUAUUUGCAUUACAAACUUCUCCUUUCUUAGCAUAUACGAAGAAAGAGCACGUACUUCUAUUGAAAAUUGAAAAUUUGUAUUAUAUCAUUAACGUAUAUUAUUUAAUAUUAUUUUUUAUCCCAUGUAUAAGAAAAUUAAAAAAGCUUGAAACCGUAAAUGUUUAAAUGGCUGGUGUCAUUGUGAUCAAAUAAACAUUUGAUCACAAUGCGUAUAAUGAAUAUACGUCAUUAUAUGGUCAAGUAGACGAAAGUGAUAGCGAUAAGUUGUCAGGGUAACCGAAAAAAAGUAAUAGUGAUAGAUUGUUUUUUUUAAUUACAGAGAUUGGGGACUUGGAUUCAAUCGUAAAAAGCCUAAAUAAUAGAAGCGAGCGUUCAAUGAAAACAAUAAGCCGAACAGCAUUUAACGUUGAAAGAAUAUCAGGACAGGACAUAUAAUUACAUAUAUAUAUAAAAGAAAUCUGUUACACUGUCAGGGACAGCAAUUAGAGGCCCUUGAACGAGGUUGACGGUGAUGGCUACUAAAAAUAUAGCUUGCAAAAAAAAUUAGAAAUGUAACCUUAAAUGAGCAAUAAAAGUGGAGUUGAUGACAAAAACUUUGGUGAAGUAUAGAACUUGGCAAGAGAGUGUAAAAAAGUAAAUAAUGAUGACUCAUGUUCUUCUCAUGACAAGUUGUGUGUAAUUAAAUAAAUAAAUACUUGAAAAUAUUUGCAUUCCAAAAUACACUUUUGUAACAAAAACUCUCCUUCGUUGACGUUUUUAGUACUAAUACUUUUAGUACUAAUAUAAAGGAAUUUAAUACAUAUACUACAAUGCUUUAAAAACGCUCGGCUGUGUAUCUUUAGGGGCGUCCAAUUUAGAACUGGAGAUGAAGGUUUAAGAAAGAAACUUUUGAUAAAAUUUUACAAUUUUAAUUUAUCUCUAUCAUUAUAUUAUAUUAAAAGUUAGUGCAGCAUUUAUCAUAUCUUAUUUCUUCCUUAUGUUUAAAGUGGGCUUCAUGAAUAUCAUUAUUAAACAGCCCCAAACUCGUCCCCAGCGCUUUUUGUGUCUUUUUUUUAACGAACAGACAAAAGUUGCUGGGACGAGUUUGAAACUAUUUAAAGAAAAAGGUGGUGGUCUUAUUAGAUGAGCGUUUAUUAAAAGAAAAUACUGAAAGGACAAAACAAUAAAUUGAGAAAGAAUUUAAAUAAACGUAGCGAGCGUUUAUCGAAAGCAUUCAAAAAAUUAAAAAUAGGGGUGUACUAAAACGAUAAUUUUUUUAAUAAUAUGGAGGAGUGUGUUUGUGCUAAAAAAUAUUACAUAUAAACAAUUUCGUGGUCAGAUGGACGAAAGUAAAAAGAAGAUAAUUUUAACUAAAACCAUGGAUUUUGUUGUUUACGAAAGUAGAGCGAUAUGAACUUUGGACAUAUCAUCUGAGGUAGACGAAAGUGAUAGCGAUAGGAGAAUGAGAGUAAUUAAAUAAAAAUGGACGUGUAUUGAUUUAUUGACGUCAAAUGUUAAAAUGGAAAUAAAUAAAAGACAUUAAAAUACAAUCGUGCAUUUCGGCCUUUAUGUAAGUUAAGCCAGUUCGACUUCCUAACCUCCUGACUAGGAGCAACCUCGUCCCCAGGGCAUCUUGUAUCUUCCUGACAUCACUUUUUAUUGUUUACUGAAACCUUCUUCGGUGAAAAGACUAUUUAAAGCUAGUCCACGGAUUUGUUUGCCCUUUUUACACCAUUGCGUGUGUCUUGCUACUUGCCGUACUAUUUUGCGUAACAGACAGACGUAGACGGGUAUUAAUAAUAUAGAUUAGUCGUGGAUAAAGCUAUAUAUUCCAUAGAUUUAAGUUUGUAAUUAUGUCUAUGCAGAACGACCUUAUUUGUAAUUAGAUAUAAUCAUUAAUAAUAUAUAAUUGCAUGUUAUUUUUGUAUGUAAGAAUAUUUCUUCUACAAAAGCGACUAUAAAAAACAUCCCCCCAAAAACUUCCAUUUACAUUCUUGAUUGGUUAGAACAAAUCACGUUACAAAAUUAAAGUCAUUUCACUUGCUAGGAAUUUCAUUGUCUGCCAAUUUAAUCUUACUGGCGGGUUGUGUAACUACAAUGAAUGUAAAUACUUUGUCACAAAUUUAUGUUGGGACAUAUUCACGUUGCCUAUUUUGUUUAAAUCUUUUUCAUUGAAUUAACAAACGUUUUAUGAUAAGAAACAACAAAUUAAAAAAAAUUUCUGCACGUGGUUUCUUCCACGGGUUUAAAAAUUAGUACAUUACUACGCUAGUUCUAGUCUGUCUGUAACAAGCAAAGUAGAUGUGUUGUUUUUGAUUAAAAAAAUAGCCGUAGCAACAUUUCACAUUUGCCAAUUUAUAUUGUUUAAAUAACACUUGGGGCAUGAAGAAAAAAAUCCGGUAAAUUCGGACUUGCUAUGGAUUCCAAUUGUUUUGUCAAAUGAAGAAAUUAUCUACAAUUAAAUCCAUGAUAAAAUGUCUGUUCCGCCUGUAAGUGCAGUUUUGCAGACUUGAUUCAUCCGUGCUUCGUCGGCGUUCACCUCCGCAUUAGUUAAGAACCGCAUGGCUGGAUUUCUUGUGUAAGACCUGGUUACCAACGACGAAGGGGUCAGGCAAAAGAGAUUCAUGUCUACGUAGUUCUUUUAACUAAGUCAGGAGUCGGUGAAUUAGCUAGGAUGGUCAGGUUGGCUAUGAAUAGGCUUGCUAAUGGAUAAAAAGUGUUUGACCAAGACGGAAAUCUAUCGACGUUUUGUCCGAUGAACGUUCUAAACGAGCUAAGGACAUCUCCGAACAAACUGGAAAUGUGGCAAGCAUUUUGUCUGACGAGUCUCCAAAAAUUAUUUCGAAGGUUGCCAUCGCACGUGUUUUAUGCGUGUGCCAAGGCAUGCGCGUACGAUCGCACGCCUCUUCUGAAAAAGCCUGUUAUUUUUAAUUUACAAUCAAAUAUUCUCGUCGUCAACUUAAUUUGUGUGAGAAAAAUCAAUUUCAGGUAUUUAUUCACUUUCUUUGAAGCCAGUAUACAUCCCCAUUCGGACCUGGAUAUUCUCUACGUAUCCUAGACACGACACAAGAUUGUAUCACCCGACGAACACCUUUUCCCAAGUGGUUAUGAACAAACCAAUAAAAUUGGCGGUAUGCCGCAUAUCGAUAAGAUCUAAAAAUAUCAUCUUCAAAAAAGAUUGGAAGCAAGAGUGCUAGCGACCUAUUUGUUAGAAACUUCGUCCUUUUUUUAAGUCUACGGCUUUCCUGAUUGUGAAUAGCGACUAUCGCUGUCCACAAAGUGUUGUUUAAAAUCACAACAGCGUUGAAAUCUUCGUGCUCUGUUAUACAUUUCUUAUCAAAAACACAACAGAAACCUUAUACCCAGGCGCUCAUUUAUAAUACAACCAAAAGAAAAAUGUGAGGUCAAAUUUUACAGGUAGCGUAGCUGGAAGUAAUUUAUAGUGUCCACCUCGUUACAGCAUAAACAGUCAACAGCUAUAGGCAUCCUUUCGCACUUUUGCACAUAGGCACCACUCACUGAUCUGGUGUGUCUGCUUCAUUGUCAUUAUAAGAGGGAAUUUUUUGUUUGUUAUUGAGUCGUUCUGGCUCAAGCUGAAAUUCAAUUAUGUUUACAUUUCUGUUUGUGAACAUGAUUGAUAAUUGUAAAAAAAUUCUAUUGGAAAUAUCAUUAACAUUUUUUCGUUAUUUCUCUAACUGCAUGCGCCAAUCUCUACACGGGGUAAAUCAAUGAAUACGUCAUUGCAUAAAUUGCGCAUAUUAAUGUUUUUACCCAGUCCUUUUCCGCUUUCGAAGUUCAGUAAAGAUGAGAAUUGAGAAUGGCAUGGUCAAGUAAACAAAUUCAGUUUAAACUUAAGCUGGAUUUCCAUCAGUGCGAGUUCUCUUAUCGCUCUGGCUUUUUUGACCCAUUGAUUUUUUUUCGCACUGGUGGAAAUUCCAGAGCGACAAUUUUUUUGCUCUUAUCGCCCAAUUUCAGUGCGAUAGUUAGAGCGACAAUUAUCACAAAGUUUUAAUAUUUAUCGCUCUGAGUUUUCGCCCGAAAGUGCAACUUCAACGAAAUAUCGAAUGUCCUUUUAAAGAAAUUAAAUAGAUUCUAUUGAAGUGUAACUUCAGCACAUGCUUACACGUGUUGAGCACAAGAAAUAGUUUGUGUUAUGAAGCGAGCAGUGUUGUAAAACAAGUUUUUAUUAAAUGGGAAAAACAAAUAGGUGCAACUUAAAGGGAAGAUGAGUACUUAGCAGAGGCUGUUUGAAAUUUUAUUAUGUCUAUACGACAAAAGUUGCAAAAGAGUAUCGAGAAAAAAGAUCGAGUGGCAAAUGCUUGGAGGAAAGUUGAGGAUGAAUUAGGAUGCGAAGAGGGUAAAGUUUAUCCUUUUUCGUCAGUUCAAUGCGCUAUAUUUUUGCGCUGUUAAACCUUGAGCGUAUUCAGCUUCUUCUAUUACUUAAUUAGAAAAAAUGUUUUUUAAAUUCAACUGUUUUAAGGUUAAGCUUUUCAAAGAUGGGACAACUUAAAAAAGAUACAGCAAGGAAAGGAAUAACCUAAGAAGGAAAUUUGCAUUGGGAUCAGGUUUGGCUGACGUUGAAUCGUGUGUCAAAUUUUAAAGGAAUACUCUUUUUUGUCUUGGCUUGAUAAGUAUUCAAAUUAGAGACACAAAAUCAAAUAUAACGGCUCCGGAGGAUGAGGAGGAUAUUGAUUCUUAUUCGGAGGCGGCGGUUGAAAUUAUUUAAAUAACAAGAAUGACCCUACAACAAAAUCACCAAGUUUGGCCAAGAUGACAACUAUUGCCCUCAUUGCGCAAUUUCACUUCUUAAAGCAGUUGAUUAUGCACUCCUUUCAAUUCUCUUUCUCUAUAAAUUUGACGAACAUGAGAAAAUGGCGAUUUUCUUCGUCUCUUUUUUUUACUAUUAAGGCCACAGCUUCUUCUUUUUUCUGAACUGUCUGCCAUCUUGAAAUGCGUGUGUUCACAUAAGAAAAUUUCGCACAAAUAAUAAUAUGAAUAAUAAUUUGAAACUCAUUUAGAGCGUAGAACUCCUGUCGCACUAAAAUUUUGUGUAAUUUUAGAGCUAUAGGAAGAUUCGCUCUAAUGGAAACCCACCUUUAUGAAAGACAAUUUUGGUUGUAUUUAAAUACUUUUUUCUUUACUUUUCCAUGUAACUAAUAUCAAGUUUUGAUUUUUUAGCGGGCAGUACCUUUAUAACGCGUAAAAACCUUUUUGAAAAAUUUUGCGCAACUUCGGUUUAACCCUAUUCGGUCCGGUGGGGGGGGCGGAUUCCGCCCCCCCUGACGGUUUUUUUAAUAACUCCUGAUUGCUUUCUUAUAUGGCUAUGAUACUUACUGAGUUUCACCAUUUAUCUAUUAGACACCUGCAUGCUAAAUUGUUAGGUCCCAUACCUUUCAGAGGCUUUGAUAUUGGCCAUUACUCGAAACUACCCCUAAAAUCUCUAUGAAAUCCUUAUAAUGGGGAAAAUAUAAUAACUCCUGUUAGGAUAAUCCUUAGAACUUGAAACUUGCAAGCUUUGUUUCAUCAAGAAGAAUCAUUUUGAAUAAUUUUAACACGUGACUAUUCCGAUUUCCCGAUUUUGUCGGAUUUUACCCGAAAAUCCGGAAAAAACGGAUUGUCGGGCAAUUUUUGGCAAUUUUUUAUUAGAUCCAUGUAAAAACCGGAAGAUAUGUUAAAAGAAUUUUAUUUAGCUUUCAGAAACUUCAAACAGAAUGUAAAAAUUCGCUCUAGAACGAAAGUAAUUAUUUUUUAAGCAGAUAGUGGCAUUUUUAACAAUUUUCAAGCCUCUGAUGACGUCACAGAAAAUGUGCUGACGCAAGCAAACAUUUUUUGCCACCAUUUUGUUCCUUUUAUGACGUACUAUAAGUGUGCCAAGUUUGAUUCAAUUUGAACAAUCUUAUGAAAAGUUAUUGAGGUCAUAGUAUGUUCGAAAAACCCCGGACCGAAUAGGGUUAAAUAAGUCUAGUUUUGAAUUUAUUUUGCUUUAUGAUCAUUUUUAUCAUUUACCAGUCAGCUAUUUCAGGUUAACUGUCUAUAAGUUUUUUUUAUCACAAAUAUUUAUGUGGUUUACUUGCGAAGGUUUAUUUUAAUCACAUGCGUCAUCUGUAAAGAGUACUCACCAGACCACAGACAUUUAUGUCAACAUUCUUUGAUCUCUUUAAUAAAAGCCGUAUUCUAUUUGUCUGCUUGCACGCGAGAAAAAAAGUCGUGUUGCGGAAACACGAAAUGCAAACAGUAUAAUAACUAUUAAAUAGUAUUAUUGUAGUUUUAUUUAUUUUUCGAAUUUUUAUUAGACACCUUUUGAAUUUUCAUUAAAUUUUGUGUUGGACGUGAUAAAAAAGGGAAAGUGAACAGAGAUGUCUGCUUUUUGUCGAUAACAGCGCUGGUUAAUUAAUCAAGUUUUAAAUGUAGGUAAUCCCCAGUUACCUAGGGUGGAGCAGCUGAUGCCAGUUGCGUCUAAAAGAUUUCCCUUUUUUAGCCUCACACUCAAAAGUGCAAUGCAAUGGCUUCGCUAAUUUUAUACAGAUUGACGGCAGUCUAAAAGGCUUUAACGUCUUGACGUAACGUCGAUAAAGUUAACAAAUUAGACAUAACGGUUUUAGCGGCUUCAAAAGAAAAUGAAAACAACCCAUUCUUCUUAUACACUGUCACCAUAUUAUGAUAAAGGAUUAAAUAAGUAAAUUAGUUCUCUCGAAGUGUGCUUAUUACUACAAACUAGUCGUUAUCCCGUGAAAAAAUUCACAAGAAUUCAUCUGCCAGGAAUAUCCACGAAAAUAUUCCCGUCACCAUUUGCAGCUACCAUUUGACACAGUGAGUAUCCUAAUAUAGACUAGUCGUUAACCCAUAAAAAACACACGAGGUGUCCCGUCUUUAAGUUACACGUUACUUUGUGUGCCCGUAACACGAUAUGUUUUUUGCGACAUGCACGCAGAAUAUGGCUGUUGUUAAUUACACUUGUUGGCAUUCCGUGGAAAAAUCCAAGAACCACCGGCGAUUCAAUAUAACACCAAAUAUAUUAACCAUGUAUUUAAAGAUGUUAUCUAGAUAAGAAGAUUAAAUUGGCUGGGGCACUUGGAAAGAAUGGAGGAGGAUAAUUGGGUAAGAAAGUGUAGAGACUUGAUAGUUCCUGGGGCAAAGCCCAGAGGCAGACCGAGAAAGACUUGGCAGGAGGUUAUAAGGACAGACUUGAUAGAGAGGAAGUUGAGUUUAGAUCUAACACAGUCUAGAUCAGAUUGGAAGAGGGUCAUUAAUAUACCCCGUCCAACCCAUGCUAGCAUGGAAAACAGACGUUAAGCCGAGAAUGAUGAUGAUAAUGAUUAUGAUGCCAUAAUAAUAGAAUUUUAUGACAAACUGUAUCGAAUGCUGUGCUGAGAUCAAUAAGGUUUGAAAUAUUUCUUGACUUAACUGAAUGAUUGCAUGAUCAGUUGACUGGCCUGCUUGAUAGCCAAAUGUCUUAUUAUACUCGCACUAUGUCGAAAUUUAAGUUUAUGUAUAUUUUUAAAAGCCUUGGGCUGUUUUCCUUACUGAUAGCGUUGCGUAAAUAGACUGUGGUAACACAUGGGUGUUAAAGCACAAGCUGGAGUGUUUCCAUUCAGACUGAAGAAGUAAAGAGGGGUAGAGUGGAGCAAAAUUCGAAAACGUACUUCAAAUUCCAAUCUUAUCUUUUGUUUUUUCAAACCAAUCAAAAAUCAGUUAUACAAAACUUUAACCCGCAAAAUUAUAUCUUAAAAACAAAUUAGGACCUGUGAAGUCUUAAAUUGUAAAGAAUUCGUUAAAUAGUCUCCCUUUCUCUAAUAUUAUUGUAAGAGAAAGUAAAAAAAUGUGAUCUCACAUUUCAGAUCUCACAAACAAAUAAAGCAAUACGGUAAAAUUAAAAAUAGCCAUUUUGCAAAUUGUUUAUCGGUGUAUUACAACCUAUAUACUGAAUAACUAAGUGAGUAGUAUUAAAACUAUGAUUUUUUUCGUAGAAACAACGAACAAACGCACUAAUAAACAUUAUAUGUAGAAACAGAAGAAACGUUCUGUUAAGAGCAUUUUUGAAGAAAGAACGUCAACGCGGAUAUUAUAGUCAUGGCAACGGCAGUACCUCCAACAGGAUCUUCUCACCAUGCAUUGAUUGCAAACAAUGAAUAUCAAAUUAAAUUGGUCACGCUUCUCAAUGAAUGUUGUGACCACUUACGUGAAAUUUUACAUGAUCCUGCCCGUGGCAACAUGCCAAGGGAUAAGAAACAAUUAUAUCUGUCAUUAAAACAAUAUAAGAAACAUUUAAACCAUUUGAAAAGAGAUCAGCUGGAAAUCGUUUUUCCACAAGAUAAGGAAACAGAUUCGGGAUUGUUUGACAUCACUAUUUUAUGUGACGUUCUAAUUAAUUGUUGUCACGGUAUACAAGCACCAAUUGGUGGAUGGAGGACCAGAACACCGCAACCAAAUGAUUUCAGUGUCGGUGCUGACAUCAUUCGAAUCAGAAAUGAGCGAAAUAUUGUUAUGCAUGGAAGAGCAAUGACUUCAGCACAAUAUAAUCGGUUGUGGAACGCCAUAGAAGGUAUAUUAAGAAGACUCGGAUAUGACAUAACGAAAAUUAGAGAUUUGAAGUCUGGUUGUUUAAAAGACUUGGACUUAUUUAAGAUUGAAAUUAUGAAAGCAGUUACUGAAAUUUUAAAUUUCAAUGUUAACAAAAACCAAGACAAUAUAAAACAAAAUCAAGAUGACAUCAAAGCAAAUAAAGACAGUAUUCAUCAAAACGAAGAUGGUAUUAAACAAAAUCAAGAUGACAUCGAAGCAAAUAAAGACAGUAUUCAGCGAAACGAAGAUGGUAUUAAACAAAAUCAAGAUGACAUCAAAGCAAAUAAAGACAAUAUUCAGCAAAACGAAGAUGGUAUUAAACAAAAUCAAGAUGACAUCAAAGCAAAUAAAGACAGUAUUCAUCAAAACGAAGAUGGUAUUAAACAAAAUCAAGAUGACAUCAAAGCAAAUAAAGACAGUAUUCAGCAAAACGAAGAUGGUAUUACACAAAAUCAAGAUGACAUCAAAGCAAAUAAAGACAAUAUUCAUCAAAACGAAGAUGGUAUUAAACAAAAUCAAGAUGACAUCAAAGCAAAUAAAGACAAUAUUCAUCAAAACGAAGAUGGUAUUAAACAAAAUCAAGAUGACAUCAAAGCAAAUAAAGACAAUAUUCAGCAAAACAAAGAUGGUAUUAAAGAGAAUAAAGAGAAUUAUAAGCGAUUAGCAGCCGAAGUGGAAAUAGUAAAGCAAACUAAUUCUUCAUCAUCAUGUGAUCAGAAGAGUUCUCAGUUGGAAGAAACUAUAAAAGAACAACCCAGUUAUAUACUAUUAAAAAAUUUCCGAGGAGAUUUUCUAAUACAAUUUGAGGAUGGCUGCUCCCACUGGUCUAUGAAAAGUGUACAAGUCAUCAUUACUGAAAAUUUUGCGAUACAAUCAAAAGAACUUCAUGUCGACAACGAUUACAUUGUGGAAGAAGAAGAAGGGAAACUAAUCCUGAUUAUUUACAAUCACAUUGCCGAAUCUAUUAAUGGGUUAUCAGUUACGUUAGUUGACAGUGAAAGUAAAACUCAUUUGAUUCCAAUUAAAAAUAUUGCACUGGUCCGAGCACAUAUGUGUACAACCAGCUAUUUUGAUGUUAGAACCCACAACAGUGGAAGAAUAUCUGAACAUAUAAAAUGCAUUGUAAAAGCAGAAAUAGAAGAAGAAGAUAUUGAAUUUAUAUGUGGAGGUAGUCUACAAACAAUGGAGCCUAAGGAGUACGAAGCACUUGGAAAGGAAUACAUCCAACGUUAUUUCACCGUGAAUGAAGAAUGCAUGGAAGAACCACUCCAAAUUCCACCCCCAAUGCCAAAAGUCACACAUUCCUUAUUUGCACAAAAGAUAAAGUAUGUUAUAAUCGAAUUACAACCUCGUUUGUUUACAAUAUUUACUCAUUAUAACACAAAGGAACAUAUUCGAUUUCUAAAACUGGAUAAAGAAUUUUCUUUGAGUUUGGAAAGCACAAUUACUGAUAACAAAAGAAUUCUACUUGUGUUGCCAAAUUAUAUCGUCAACAUUAGAUACACAGAAACAACCGACGCAGUAAGAAUACAAGAUGAAGUCAAAGCGGGCGAAGAAGACUUGAAGGAGCUAUCUAUCAUCACUAAAAAAUAUCUUAAAAAUGGUCACCUGACAAUGGUUAAUGUUGUAGCUGCACCACAUUUCAAAGAUAUCGAAAAUAUCCACCUUUGUGUAGACUGCAACUUACUCUCCAAAAAAACUUUGGCUGAGGAUAGAAGUAUGACGAAGUUCUUUUCAAAUAUUUUGCAAAGCUCACAAGUACAAAAUAAUGUUCAGGACAACAAGGAACGGUAUAUCAACAUGGUUGGUAAAGUCAUGUGUUUUAUGGCUACAAGAAAAGCACUCUAUUCUGUUCCUUCACUCAGUAAAAACGUCCACGAACAAAUAAGCUCGUUAAUACUUUCUCCACAGCAACUCCGUCAUUUAUACAACAACUCUUUAAAAAAAAUUAUAAUCGGUCCUCUAGGCAGUGGAAAGACAGUGCUAGCUUUAGCACAUUUGGAAAUAGCUUACGAGCGCUCUGAGAAUAGAUCAGUCAUAUACUACGUUAUUUGGGACGGCAACACAUUGCUUAAACGGGAUAUUGUCAAUCAUACUAAAAGAUUUAAUUUCAAAGCCGCUGUCGAAGUUGUUGUAAAGGAUAAUGUCGAGUUAGCUAAGGAUUUGAAAAUGAAUGAAGUGCCAACACCAUACCAGUUAUUAGAGUCAUUGGUUAAGAAACAUGUUGACCAAAACCUGCAUCUAAUAAUUGAUGAAUUAAAUGGAGAGUUAUUUAACAAGGAAGAAUCAUCUUUGCUUAAACACUAUCUGGAAACUGAAGACAAAUUAAAUAACUCUUUCAUCAUCUUUUUCCCACAAUCCAUUGAGAAACAUAGAACAUUAAUUUCACACCAAAGAGUCACAAUACAUGACAAGUACAAGUAUGAAGAAACAGGAAUGAAAGUUUUAAAACUGAACAGAGCAAUGAGAACAACACGGAUAAUCUUUCAGUUUUUAAAGGCUUUUGAAAAUGAAGUAGAACAAAACAAGGUAACAAUGAAGCUUCCCGAUCAGCAAUCAAAAGAAGGAUUGUCCACCAAACAACCACAACAGCAGCAAGAGCCACAACGGCGACAACAACAACAACAGCAGCAGCGACAGCAGCAACCACCACCACCACCGCAACAACAAGGACAAACUACCAGUAGCAAUGUCACGCCGAUAAUAAAAGGAGAAGAAGAAAGUUUUGAAACACCGGUUGAUAUUGAUGUCGUUGCAGCUUCAAUACAAGAUGGGGAUCUUUCGGGUAAUGUUAGAAUUGACACUUCAUUAAAAUUUAAUACAGCGUAUUCAAUCGGUCAUAAUAUCGAAGGAACAAAACCGUUAUUGAUACAUCCGGCAAAUACUCCAACAACAGACAAAGAGUUUAUACCGAUGUUAGCGCUUGUUUUACAAGAUGUAUGUUUACAUCAUGCCACUAAACGUUUGUUCAUAUAUAACACAUUCCCUCAAAAGGAUAUUUUUUACAGAUUACUAAAACUGUUAAAAAUUGAUUUUCUUCACUAUGACAAGUACACUGACUGGAAAGUUUUAAAUGGUGAUGAUAUCAUAGUUAAAAAUCCCUUGCAGAGCCAAAAUUAUAACCUGCUCACUACUAUUGAGGGAAGUCGUGGAGUUGAAGCAGCCGAAUGCAUCUGUAUAAUUGAAAGCAAUGAUUGCAAGUUAAAACAUUUGACAUUAGAAGCAAUGUCCAGAGCGACACAAAAUCUAGUCCUUGUUUCAACGUCCAACGUUUACCAAUCAGGUACAGUAAAAUCAUCAACUGGUCAUAUCAUCAGUAAACUGUUAACUGAACAUCUGGUUGAAUACAAUCUAGAAGUCUCAAACGAUGAAGAUACGGAAAUACCGUUCAAAAAGUCUAUGAAAAGUAACAAUAAAAUAGUUUUUAACAUUAAACCACAAUAUUGGAAAUUCAAAGAAAUGAUAAAAGAUUUGGAACAUGUUGGUUUUCAGGCAACGGAUGAACUCCUAAAUGCGCAUGAGUUCGUUAUGAAAAACCUUUUUCCUCCUGGAAAAGUGAGCAAUAUAAUUUGCUCAUAUUUGUCAAGUACAUCAUGUAUAUUGAGAUGGCAACAGCACGCUAAUAAAUACACCGUUAGUAGACAAGAAAGUAAAAGUUUAACCUGGAAUAACUUAGCAACUAACAUUUCUUGCAAUCAAUACAUCGUUGAUGACAUGGAAAUUGGUGAAUCGUGCAAGUUUUGUGUUGUUGCUAAAAAUCAUCUUGGUGUAUCUGAUGACAGCACUGUGUCUUAUCGUCACGAACUUCCAAACGUCAUGGGUGUCCAAUUUAAAGAUAUCGAGGAAAUUAUUAUAACUAACGAUAUCGAGAAACUGCAAAAAUUACUAUCCAUUCAUCCAAACAUCGUUCACAUGAGAGAUGAAGGUAAAUUCACACCAUUGAUGUGGACAGUAUAUUACACCGACAAUACAUCAAUGGUGGAAAUACUCAUCUCAUAUGGGAGUGAUGUUUGGGCGGAAGAUGGAUUGAAACGAAACAGUUAUCAUUGGGCUGCAUAUCAAGAUCGUCACACAAUAUUAGAUAUGUUAUGUCGACAUGAUGUAACAAACAUCAACCGUGGAGAUGUUGACAACUUCACACCAUUAUAUUAUGCUGCAGCGCUUGGUCACAUCUCAUGUGUUGAUGUUUUGUUGCGUCAUGAAAAUAUUGAUGUGACAAUCAAAGAUAUACAUGGAUAUACAGCUUAUGAUGUUGCUGGAGGAUGGAUGAAUGAACACAACCGGAAAAUAAUAAGACGAAAAAUAAAAGAAUACGAAGACAGGACGAAGUAAAUAUUUCAAAUGAUUUUGUUUCGAAAAACAACAAUCAGUUUGUGAGAUGAGGAACGAGUCCAUUUUUUAGUUUUAUUUUAUAUUGUAAUAAAUUUAUUUGUAGUAAAACGUACUGAAACAUUUUUCUGUUCGAUUUUUAUCAAGCCUUCGUUUAUAUUUCAUUCAGGAAGCGACACAUGUCAAAGGUCACGUGUUUUUUUAAACUGUCUCAAACUUGCCGCAUGGUGCAAUGUAGAGUGAAUCUUAUUUAUUACAAACGUCAACUGAUACACUUUCUCAACCUAGUCCCCACCGUCUUGUUAGGCCUUUAUAUUUUGAAGGCCCUGGCUGGUCACGUGACGACAGAAUACCCACGUAUAGUGGGUAUUUUGAAAAUAAUUAUUUGUCUCGCUCUUCCAAAAUAUACACAAGCAGUCGAGAAGAAAAUAAAAGAACUGACACAAUUAUUUAGAAUGGUUAAAAUAAUAUUAAUAAGAAAAAAAUUAUAUAUAUUUUUAUAUAAAUAUUUUUAUAUUGUAAAAAUUAUUUUUAUUUAUUUAUAAUAAUAUUUUUUAAUGUAUAAAAGAACUGUUAAUAAAUAUUGUAUAAUAUAUUAAACAUUCACACUUG